CAUUGACACGCGCACUACCAGCGCCCUCUGAAGCAUGGAUUAAUUCCCACAACCACAAUAAGCUCUGUGCGCGACGCCUCUACCCAAGGGCUAUCUCGCAGGCAUGGAUCGCCACGCCACGGCGCCGUUCGUGCUGCGGCUCUUCUACCGCACUGGCGCCUUCCACCGACCCGACGAGUUCAACGUCGGCACACGCACAGAACACCUCCCGCCACACCUGACGCUCCAGGUGUGGCCAGACUGCACGCUGACAGAGCUGUCCCACCAGCUGGCAGCAGCAGCAGCUUCGGGCUCAUCAAGACACGAUGAAGGAGACGACGCCAGACUGCUACCAGACCCAGCUAUCGGGACGAGGCUCGUGUUCCGGCUCAUCUUUGCAGACUUCCGCGGCGCCGCGGGACCGCCAGACAGCUCAUCCUCAGCGUCAGGAGGCGCGGGCAGGUUCAGCGUCAAGGACCUGGGGAGCGUGGUGAUUGGAGAAGGGGGCAGGGGUCUGGACGUUUCUGACCUUGACGCCUUGGAGGAUGUUGAGAUGACGGUGACGGCUGACGAUGCGUGCGGCCACGGCGAGCCUGGCGGACGGGCGACAAGUGGCUCAAACAAAAACAGCAAUGGCAACACACACAACCUGACGAAGAAGGCUGAGCUGGAACUGGGUUCGGAAGGGUCCAAGACAUUGGCAGAAGCCCGUCUCGUGCCGGGCGACUACAUUUCAUGCGCGAUACUGCCGCCGCUCGAAGACGGCUCCGUUGCACCAGCAAGCGCCGCUAGGACUGGUCGCGGAUACGGAGCUGGCGAGGCCCGAGCAGUUGGUGCUGCUGGCCCGCCUCCUCUGCGGGGAGGCAGUAGCCACCAUGGUAGUGGAAACAGGGCUGGUCGAGGUCAUGAUUGGGCUCGGGACCGGCAUCUAGACAGGAGGGACAGCGGAGGGUACGGAGGCCGGCACGGCGAUGGUAGGCGGCGGAGCCGAGGCGGUGGUCCUGACGAUGGCGGGAGAAGGUAUGGUGAGCGAGGAGAAACUAAUCAUUUCGGAGACGACAACAAGAGAGGGGUCCCAAUGGGAGAAUGGCGGCGCGGCGAGGCCUUGCCUACGGUGCCGAGGGGUGAGUGGCGUCGAGGUGAGGAUCUCCAUGGAUACGAUGCGGCACCUAGUCGUGGAAGAGGAAGUCGGAGAUGGUGAGGGCACCUUGGGUUCCAAAGGAACCCCAAAGAAAGAGCUCUGCUCCAGCUUGCACAAGGUAUCGCAGCGACUGAGAUCGCUCUGGUCGUAAUAUCAUCCCUUGUCUAAGGGCCCGAUAUUGCUCACGUGUACGCUGCCGAUGCUUUCCAGCCUCAACCCGCCUAA